AUGAGGUUCCUUUCGCUUCAUGAAUGGCUCACAGUGGCCUUUUACGUCUCUGGAAUAUGGGGCUUGACCGUCUCCCAGGACACGGUAAUCAUCGACCCACCAAACUUGGAAAUCGGGGAUCUUAUAAUUCAAAGAGGUGCAUCCUACUCCAUUGUGAAUAAUAUACUUACUGCUCUUGGUGGAAACUUAUUCAAUGAGGGCAGAUUUUUCGUGACUUCUACAAACAAAUUGGCUUCCUCUGUAUCGAUCACCUCUGGAACCAUCUACAACAAUGGCGUGAUAGCCUUCAAUUCGCUUGAUUCCAGUAUUGUCAGCAGUUACACGUUAGACUCAAUUGGCGAUUUCACCAAUCUUGGUUUCAUGUGGUUUGGAAUCGCCUCCCAUUCAAUGGUACCGCCAGUUUUUCUCGCAUCGGUUACGAACUGGCAGAAUUCAGGUAACAUCUUCAUUCGUCAGGCUCAAGGAGAGCCUUCCUCUAUCACAAUCUCACAGGUAGCUGGGUCCAUUACCAAUAAUGGUGCAAUUUGCUUGGAAAACGUCAACUGGGUACAGACCACAAGUAUCCAAGGAACUGGCUGUGUAUCUGUAAUGGAGGAUGCUAAACUCCAGCUUCAAACUAGCCCUUGGGGAGUCGACCCUGAACAGACGAUUUACCUUGGCUCUCCCACUUCUAAGUUGUCCGUUUUGGGUUUGUCCGAAGGUAUUACUGGUACGAAGACUUACCAAGUCAGAGGGUUUGGAAACGGUAACGAGAUUAGCGUCAACUUGGGAUUCACAGGCCACAAAUAUGAAGGAGGAGUCUUGACACUUACGUUUCUCGGCGGCUUGUUCAAGUUAGGUUUUGACAUCGGCGACGAUUAUGACAAAAAUGGCUUUACCACCAACGGACCUUUUGGAACGGGAGACAAAAUCUACUAUAAAGGCGACCACAAGAUCAUUAUUCCCGCUGUGUGUUUAUGCGUUCAAUUCCCUGAUCCACCAACUGUGGCCUUACCUUCUUCGACUAUUGGGGAUUCAAGCAGUAUCUAUACAUCGGAGGAGAUCCUGACAGACGUUGAAUCAUCAAGAGAGCCAGUUUCAGAGCCUGCAACAUCAAGCGAUUCAGUUUCCGAGCCUGCAACAUCUAGCGGUUCAGUUUCCGAACCUGCAACAUCUAGCGAUUCAGUUGCAGAACCUGCAGCAUCUAGCGAUUCAGUUUCAGAGACUGCAAUAUCAAGUGAGUCAGCUUCAGAGACUGCAGCAUCUAGAGAGUCAGUUUCAGAGACUGCCACAUCUAGCGGUUCAGUUUCCGAACCUGCAACAUCUAGCGAUUCAGUUGCAGAACCUGCCACAUCUAGCGAUUCAGUUUCAGAGACUGCAAUAUCAAGUGAGUCAGCUUCAGAGACUGCAGCAUCUAGUGAGUCAGUUUCAGAGACUGCAAUAUCAAGUGAGUCAGCUUCAGAGAUUGCAACAUCUAGCGAUUCAGUUGCAGAACCUGCAGCAUCUAGCGAUUCAGUUUCAGAGACUGCAAUAUCAAGUGAGUCAGCUUCAGAGACUGCAAUAUCAAGUGAGUCAGCUUCAGAGAUUGCAACAUCUAGCGAUUCAGUUGCAGAACCUGCAACCCUGGAACACACUUUGUCUGAGAAUUCCAAGUCUGAGACUUCCAGAUCUGAGACGAAUUCGUGGGAUCACUCUGAAGAGGUUUCUGAAGCCUCACACGAGGGUCCAUCCAAAACGUCAGAGGAGCCUUCAGAUUCGUUGACUUCAGAUCAAGCUUCGUUGACUUCGGAUCCAGAUUCGUUAACUUCUGAUCACUCUCAGAUCACUACUUCUCCUACCUUGACUGAGUACACCACGACAUGGACCACCGAAGACGAGGAUGGUAAGCCAACUACAGAAUCAGGAAUCGUAGUGGUUACCACAGAUUCUGAAGGCGUUGUUACCACAACCACCUCGGUGAUCAGCUUGCCCUCAGAAUCAGACAAGCCCUCGGAGUCAUGGCCUACUUCAGAAACCACAAAGACCGAACCUGAAUUAUCCUCAACAACUGGAGAUUCAAGUAGUGACUUCGAAACGCCUUCCGAGACUUGGCCAGACCAAUCUACUACGAAAUCCUCAGAAUCACAUCCCGACUCGUCCUCGAUACCUGGACCUGAUUUCUCCAGUUCAGAGUCUUCAAAGUCGCUUCCCGAUACCUCCUUGACAUCAAGCGGCGCUGAGACCACAGUUGAUGUUUCAUGGACAUCAAGCGGCGCUGAUACUACAGACAUUGUUUCAUGGACAUCAAGCGGCUCUGAUACCACAAAUGACGUUUCAUGGACAGCAAGCGGUUCUGAUACCACAGAUGACGUUUCAUGGACAUCAGAGAGCACGGGUCCUUGGCCUGGCCAGUCUUCAAAGACUACAGAGACAACGCCAGACUUUUCCUCUGAUUCUUCAGAUUCGUGGUCUGACUAUCCAUCGACCUCAAAGUCGUCUGAGACAUGGAACGAUAAGUCUUCGACUGAGACGUCGAAAACGUCCAAACCUUCAGAUUCCUGGCCAGAUGCGUCUUCCACCUAUGAGUCUUCAAAGCCGCAUCCCGAUGUUUCGUCGGCGUCCAGAUCUUCGGAAUCUUUCCCUGAUGUGUCGUUGACCUCGGAUGUUUCAAAGCCAUGGCCUGACCACUCUUCAGCAUCGGAGCCUUCGAGGCCAGUACCAGAAUUUUCUUCCACUUCCGAUCGCUCCGAAACUCCAGAAUGGUCUUCAUCAAAGCCGUCGAAGUCCUCUGAGACUUGGUCAGAUGUCUCUUCCACUUGGGAGCCUUCAAACCCAUGGCCCGACCAUUCCACCUCGAAGCCAUUCAUCGACAUCAGAUUGCUCCGAUUGUUCCGAUUCAAUCACAUUCUGGCCUUCUUCAUCGAAUCCCCAGAUGUACCGUCAAUCUCAGAGCACUCUGAAACCUCAGAGUGCUCUGAAACCUCGGUAGAUGUUUCAAAAACACAGUCAGACUUGUCUUCAACGUCGAAACACUCAAAGCCCUGGCCUGACUUCUCGCUGGCCUCAGAACAUUCCAACACUCUUCCGGAUGUAUCUUCUAAACCAUCUGAGACGUUCCCUAAUGUUUCAUCAACGUCAGACUGCUCCACGACGGUUACUGAUUUCUCUUCAUCGAAGUCUUCAAAACCAGUGCCUGAUGUCUCCUCGAGCUCUAAGCCUUCUAAAUCGUGGGCCCACCCCGCUGUGUCAUCGACAUCUGAGUCCAAGAGCCAUCCUGGUGUAUCUUCUACCAUCGAUACAAGCAUCAUUUCUGGUACAUCGUCAUGGCCUGAGUGUACAUCGUUGACCACAUUCACCACCACAUGGACCACCACUGAUGAAAAUGGAGAAUGCAUAACCGACAGUGGUGUCGUGGUUAUCAGCUGUGACAAGGGUACUUUGAAAACCUGUGACGAGAUUCCACCAGUAUCCUUAACCACAAGCUGUGAUGAGAUUCUGUGUGUCACUUCCUACACCACGAUCUGUACGACUACAGAUGUGGAAGGUCGUCCGACGACUCACUCAGAUGUGGUUAUUGUGACUUCAGACGAGAAUGGUGCUGUUACAACGACAGUUCCGGUUGCAACGACCACCAUGGAAGUUACCAAAACCACCACGAUCUGCUCGGAAGAAGUGUGCUCGACUUUGACUGAAACAACGACUUUGACGGAUUGUACUGGUACAAUCUGCUAUAUUUCUGAAACCGAUAAGGUAUUUACUCUGACUAUCUGUGAAACAACAACUCCUGUCACUUACACCACCACGGUUUGUGAAACUGAUGCUGAGGGCUCUGUUGCUACACACACUGUCGUGAUUUGUGAAACAACCGACGCUGAAGGUGAAACACACACAUCGACAAUUCAAGAGAUUGAAGGUAAGCCGGUCCAUACUGUGCAACCAGAACCGUCAGUUCAAGAACGCCAUAUUCCUCAAACGGUCGCUGGAAAAGCCACCAGAAUUGUUGAUGACCAUAUUGCAUCUGCUCAUUCCAGUGCAGUUUUGGAAGUCAAGCCAUUAGCCACACUGGGUGUGGAAGCCGCUCCAAAUGAAAAUGGUACACUUCAAACAGUUGCUGGUGUUUCAGUGACUGCAGAGCAAAUUCAUCAGACCGAUGCUGGCCAUAUUGGCUCAACUGACGAGCAUCAACCUGACAUAACUGCAGAUAUUGAGUCUAUCUACGUUUCCAGUGAGAUCACGCCCAAGAGCAUCUCGAAGUUCGAAGGCUCUGGAGCCGUUUUACGUCUUGGUGUGGAGGUGGUGCUUCCUCUUGCACUUCUCUUCUUCUGA